UUCGGCGGGCUGUGUGAUUGGACAGACUUUCAAUGCCCAGGCGCAGCAAAAGGUCAUCAUCUAUGAGCGAACCGUUCCUCUCUGGAGGAGAACCUGUACAAGUGGAGAGAUCGGCUGCUCAGCCUUGUCUGGGCUCGUAUUCUGGGCUUAAUGAUCCAAGAGUGGCAGGCAAUGACGAGGCAGAAUAUGUGAUCUGGAAAACAUAUAAGGAGGCGAAAGCCCCCUGUGAAUGAACUCCCAGAUUAACAUUCAAACUGCUCACCAGAUGAGCGCAUCACGAUGUUGACUUCUUCUUCAAACAGCCUUCCGUUUGGUGCCAAUGAGAAUAAAUCGUCAGACGUUGGAUUACAGACACCUUCAUCGAGGGAAUCAGACUCGGCUGAUGAUCAGAGCCUUAGCCUAGAAUCUUCGCGUCUGUACCAUAUCUACCAUACUCCAAUCCGCUACGACUAUCGCGUCUCCAAUGCCGAUAAGAAGCCUCUUUACUUCGUGUACAACUCUCACCUGACUCCGGAUAAGGCGGAUAUCACGGUUCACACUGGCGAUGACAAAAACGCGCCGAUUGCGGGCGUUUGCAAGUUCAUUCACCUCUCACGGCAUUGCAAAGUCGGUCUUGGAGAUCCGCAGCGAGCAGGUUCAAUGGUCUGGGAGGAUCUCCAAUGUCAAAACUUCCGCAUGACCAAAUACCGCUUUGAAAUGUCUAUUCCCUCGGCACACGGCGGAUACGAGCGGCGAUCGUUUCUCUGGAAACGAACACAGUCUGUCGGAGCGGACGGAGACUCGCCAUCCUUCUUUAGUCUCCGCAACUUCAAGCUCGUUGACGAAUUGAACGGACAAAACGUGGCGGUUUUCACCAGCAACAGCUUCAAGAGCCCUCGAAAGAACGGAAAGCUCCAGGUGGCAGCAGAUUAUGGACCUGAUUUCGAUAUGAUGGCUCUCAUUACCCUGCUAGCAAUGUAUGAGAGGAUCCGACGCAGGACUGGGGGCAAAGGAGGCGGUGGUGGAGGAGGAGACGGCGGUUAAGUACGGCCAAAGGGAAGAGUGCCUUCUUUUUUGUUCUUUGUAUAUACCCAGUAGAUGUCUGUUAUCAGUAUAAUAAUGUAUUCAAGAUGAUUUUUUUUCA